ACCACCGUUAGUCAAGAAAAAACUUAAGAAAAUAUUAUGAAUCACGUUGUAGCCAGCUUGUUCCUCUUGUUUUUUACAAUUCACAAAAUAAACAGCCAUGGGAUGAUGCUGGAGCCACCAAACAGAAGCUCAUUAUGGAGGUUUAAUAGCUCAGCUCCAAUAAAUUACAAUGAUAAUCAAAACUUUUGUGGCGGCUUCGGUGUCCAAUGGGGCAAAUUUGGAGGCAAGUGUGGCCCCUGUGGAGACAAAUUCGACGAUCCUCACCCACAAUCGAACGAGAAUGGAGGCAAGUAUGGGCGAGGUUUUGUCGUAGCGGAGUAUAAAGCCGGAAGUACGAUUGAUGUUCAAGUAAAACUCACAGCAAAUCAUUUGGGUUUUUUUAAAUACAGUCUUUGUGUUCUCAAAGACUCCAAUGAACCUGAAAUGGACGAGAAAUGUUUCAUUCCAUUGAAACUAGCUGACGGUUCUGUCAAGUACAAUGUUUUGAAAACGGAUAGACUAGUAAAAAAUAAACUCAAACUGCCCAAAAAAAUUAAGUGUGAUCGGUGUGUGCUUAGAUGGAAUUACCGAACUGGGAAUAAUUGGGGAAAUUGUGGAAAUGGUACUUCAGGGUUAGGAUGUGGACCUCAAGAAACAUUUAGAUCGUGCUCAGAUGUCAGAAUCGUGUAAAAAUUGUAUUUUUUUAUGUUAGGAACAUUAUUGUGUAGUAUUGUAAAAUUUUUUAGAUAAAUAAAUUAUUUUUAUCCGCAAA